AUGGACUUAAGAGUCGGGCGGCGGCGAACGACUUUGACGGGGCCUCAGUCCCCAAACACAACGAACGCUGGCGGCAGCACCAACAACAACUCCUGCGGUGUGGGUGGCGCCUUUUCAUCGAACGGAGGCACUCACCAAAAUUCCAACAAUGGCGGCGGUCGCGCCAAACCGCGCCUGUUGCCGAUGUCACGCAACAAUAGUCUGUCGGCGCCGCCACCGCCGGCGUGGAAAUCGACAGGACUGGCGUCUGGCACACACAUCCGCAGGAGGCCACCGUCCGUCCCGGGACGGACAACCUCGCCGUUGCAAGCACGCCCCGCUCUCACACGGCUAAAGAAGGAGAUUAUUGAGCACCGAUCCGAUCCGUCUCCCGCUCCUUCACGUCCACCGCGCACGUUUACAAAACAUUCGCUUGCGGCCUCACCGCCACUGCUUUCGCUGAACCCACUAACUGGACUGCGUGGCAUGAUGGACCACCAGCGUAUCACGAGCGCAUUUUAUCAUGGUAACGAUAGAGGAAAGCUUUUCACACUGAACCGACCAGCAAAAACUAAUCAAAGAAACCCCAUUAUUCCAGAUUCUGGCACGGCGACGCCGAGCUCCCCGAUAUCAGGAUCUCGUGGUGUUGGACGUCGCAACAUUGUGCUGGAUGUAAAACAAGGCUCCCGGCCAGUUACAGGACGGAAACAUAUGCUAGAGGCACUUCCGCAAGCAAUUAGAACGGCCGCUGAAGACACAGUGCGUAGCUAUAAGGAGUUGUGCGAAGCAUUGGGACAAGCGCCACAAGAUGCGUGGAUUGACGCAGUAUUAGAGGGUGUCAAUAAGGCCGCGACUUCGUCCUGUACAACAUGUAUUGGUGUUGGGUCUCCAGCUGAAGUGAAGUUUAAUGCGAAGGAGCGCGAGAAGUUAGCCGCAACAGCGGGCAUUUAUCUUGAUCACGGGCAAACAAAAAAAGUGGGAACUAAAACAUGUCUCGCUAAAAGGCCGCGAUCUGUAGAAGGGAAAGGAGGCGGUGUGACUCCAAAUGUAUGUGGGCAUUCUGUUGCCACACGCGACCCCAGAGAAUUACCCGCUGUCGACACGGAUAAGGAUUCUGCGGGUAAAGACACCAUGUUGGAUCGUAUGGUGGUGUACUGCCAACACCUCCGACCGUAUCAGCAGAAGAUGGACGUACUGAGACAACGUAGAAAAGAUGUUGAAGAUGCCCUGGGACGGUUUUUGGCACUCUGCAAGAAUUGUUCCGACCCCGGGGAAACCAGUUCUAAACUUGUUGCCGUGAACGCACUUGAAUCACACGCGAACUUGCUUACAGAUGGACUAAAGGACCUGCAAAGGUGCAAUGUGGCCCUCUUGUUACGACUGAGGGAAUAUUCCCGUGAGGUGCGGAGACCGUUGGGAUUGGUGGGUUGUGAACUGGAGACAAAUGCCGUCGGACAGCAGCAGGUGGAGGAGAAUUCGCCAGGAAUGAAGGAAAAUGAAAAUAUGACUUCACUGUUCAACGUGCCAUGCACGGAGGAUGUAGCAUCUCAGAAGAAAUCUAUAAAUUUUCCAUCCACAAAAGAUCCUCCCUAUGCCUAUUUGAAUUUCCUGCGCGAGGAGGAGAGCCGCAUCGUGCAGCAGCUAAAUGAGGUGUGCUCGCGGGUCCGCGAGGCCCUGACAAACGGAUUAACAGUUACAAUUGCAGAUGAGGCCAUGCUGGAGACGCCGUUAUUUCUGUCGUCAGCUACAACCGGCCACCCCCUGUCUUUUGAAAGGGAACAUCAGCAGCAGCAGCAGCAGCAGCAGCAGCAGCAGCUCAAGAGGGUUACCGGCCAGGGCUUUUCUUCAUGCAAUCUGGUGGGUUCAGGAGCCACAGACAACAGCUGCCGUACCACCCCGCCUAAUUCUGCCACCACUGAAGACGCGAACACUUGCGGGCCAUUUGUGGGCGUUGCGCUGGUGGACUGGGUGUCGUUGGCGGACGACGACGAUAACAAUAUUGACGAUCACACCGGCAGCAACAAUAGCAACAGCUGUUCUCACAAGCACGCCACUGGCAAUCCGAAGCUGGUGUUGGGGGGCGGCAGAAAGUGUCUCUCAUUUCAUUCCCCUCCCAAAAGAAGAGCUGGCGGCAAGGUUGCCGUUCGGCGAACCAAAUCGACAUCCGCGCCUAACGCAACGCAGAAAAAGAAGAACGUGGGGAAGAUGGCAAUGAUAACAAAAACGCCAACCACCACCACCACCACAACAACAACAACAACAACAGUGAAGCAUAAGAAGAGCAAAACUUUAUCGAAGACUGGUAGCACGUCGAGCGCCACGGAAGUUAUUCUUGCAGUGCAUAUAAAGGAGGCGGAAGAAACAUGGAGGGCCAUCAAGGGGCUGGCAGGUGUGGGAGUUGCACGGGGCUCCUUUAAGAGGCAAAUUAUACGUACGGAAUCAAAACAGAAAGGAGAAGAGAAUAAAGAUUUCACACCGGAAUUAACACCGCAACAUGAACAGCCUUCAGGAGCUAAUUUAUUCAGUUCAACGCCACCAAAGAUUGAACUAGAGCAUACUACUACAAACAAAAUUUAUGGUUUUUGUCCAGAAGACAAAUUAGAGGAAGAAGCUGCGCAGGGGAAAACCUCUGGUGUCAGUUUAGCAUCGGAUGUGUCUAAAUAUAAUGAAACGAAUAAAAAGGAAACGGCGGAGGUUAUUUGCCAGUUUUUCCGCCGCCACAUGCAAGAGAAAAAACGCCAGAUAAAUGAACUGCAGCAGCUACAGAUGUCGACUGGUGCAUCAUUAUCAUUGGAGCGAAGUGCCGUUUGUAAAGCGGAGUUUAAUACAGAUGUGGCGAUGGCAACCCGCAUUCAGUGUUGUUGGCGCCAACGUAUGGCUCGAAGGAUGCUGCAGCAGCGACGGGAACGAGUAGAAAAAGAGGCGCGGCAGCAGCAGAAGUGGCAUAUUGAAAAUGUCAUGGCGUUUCGAAUUCAGCGUUUGUUUGCCAAAAUCGUAGCGCGACGGCGUCUGCGUGAAGCGAUACAGAGGCGGUGUGCUGCCUCAAAGGCCCUUAAAGUUGGCGCUAAAAUGGCUGAAAACAACCGAACCGAUGGGAACAAUGAAAAGAGUUUGCGUCUGAUGAAGUUACGAGAACGGUUCGAAGAGGCGCGUGAGAGACGCAGGAACCUUCUACGUUCUACCCCCGAUGGCACGAACUCUUUUUCUGACGCCAUUAUCCAUCCCCCCUGUAGUAGUAGUACUGGUAGUAGUCCGUUGGAUAAGGCGUUGCCAAUAGAAAAGCAGCCACCAGAGUUGGAGCCGCGACCAGAGAAUGGGGUAACCGUAAAGGUCCCGCCGUUAGAACUUAAAUCCAGUGGCAUUUCAACCUUUGAUAUUGAGGGUUAUCAACCAGAAACGGAAAACUUUAACGUCUGUAUUUUGCAUCGUCUACUACGUGCGCCGAAACCCCUUCUCUACAUGACUCGUGUCUUGUGUGAUGCGUAUCCCACACAGCCGGUGUCCGCGCUGGCCUUUUUGAAGGCUGCGGAAGAGGCGAAGUAUAAAGGGGGAGGCAGAAGCAGUAGCCAUCAGCGGACAACACAAGAAAAAGAGGGAAAAAAGAAGGAAGGAGAUAAAGAAGGAACGGAAGAUAAAGUUCCUUCCAAACAGCAGGAGGAGGGUCAAGAAAUCCGUGAGAAGAACGAAAAAGGAAGGAGCGAGCAUCAUCAACAGAAAAUGAAGGAUGAAAGUGAAAUGCGGUGGGAGUUGCGUCCGUAUCGCAUGAUUAGCCACGGCCUCAUUGCUCGGAAGGCCGCCAUGAUAAACCGGGAAGACACCAAACACGUGUGUCCCUUUUCUGUCCGCAUAAAGAGCUUUGUGGAGGAGAAUGAAAUGAAGCAUGAGCAGCCAGUGGCAAAAGGCUUUCAACGGCCGUUUGAGCGUUGGGGAACCGCGCAUGCUUUUCAGAGACGGGUUUUUAGUGCUGCCGCGGAAUAUGCGUGGAAACUUAUCUUUAGUCAUACGCCGCAUGACGACUACAAACAACGAAUGCUGAAGACGAAGGAGGAACAGGAAGCACGUCUCGAGCGUGUGGAACAAAGAAAUCGUAUGAUUCUUGCCUGCUACUGCGUUCGCUCCGAGCGAGAAUGGUUGAAGGAGGCAUCAAAGGAUCUUGGUUUUGUUGCGCGUAUCUGGAACCCAAAGAAGUCGCUGGAUCCUAAUGAUCCCGAUUUUGAGCGGCAUUGCCGUGAAACAUACGAAUUCGUGGAAGACUUCCUCUACCAAUGUUUUCCGACUAUCACAAAUCUUGACGAGGCGCCUACAUUCCUCAUGGGCGCAGGUAUUUUCUUUCUACUGAAGUCCAUGCUUGCGUACAAUAGGGAGAAGGAGGAGGAAGACGACAAGACUAUGGGUGACGGGUUAGCCGUUUAUGUAGACAAGAUUGAAGGCCGACGAGCUGAUCCCGAGAGUGCCGCCACCUCGUACCUGUCGGAUCUUCUACUAGCCCCACAGCAACAGAGGGCGAUUUCCACAUGUGAGGUGUUGAACCUCCUUGACAACCUUACACUUUGGUGUCGUUUUCCAGAGCCAAGGAGGGCAGUCACCACCGUAAGUGGUCUUGGUAAAAAAAACGACGAGGUCAACAGGAAUACCGCUCACGGUAGCAUGGGUGAUGAUGUCGAUUUCUCUGAUACAUGUGAGGGAAUGUAUGAACGGACGAUACGAUCAAUUGAAACCACCACGCGGCUAAGCGACUUUGAGACAGUCUCCUUUACCACCUCGCAUGGUGAAAGUAGCGUUAAAAUGUCUGAAGACCGGCGCCCGCGUUUGCGGCAGGUGUUGCGCACGCCGCUUUUGAAGUCAUCACCGGCCAAGCGUCUAGACGAUGCGGCUUUUGAUGCAAGGAUUGCGCAUAACACCAACAAUAAAAAUAUCAAUAAUAAGAAGAAGAAUGGUGUGGAGCUGGAGAUUGUGUACCCGAAGGGAUAUCUUGUUGGUCUUAGCGAGCGGUUGAUGCGUGCCAUUCUUGGACUGAGGGUUGAAUUGGAGGUCUGCGAGGACUUGGACGCCACAAUUUAA